AUGUCUGAGGACUAUUCGGCAGCGGUACUGAUGAUGCAGGACGCUGUGGCGCCCACAUUACCCUCAAGCAUCAAGCCUGUUCCUGCUUCCCUGUUUGCCUCCUUUAUGGCUUGGUGGGGCUUGUCACGACAACAGACGGCAGAUGCAGAGUUGUUCCUUUACAAAAAGACUGGGUUCUUUCGGUCUGCUCAAGUUGCAAACGCAUCCAAGGUAAACGAUGAUGGGCCAAACAGCAUAGCUGAAGCUUUCGCGAUGCAGACGACAACAUCAUCCACCUCAUCGGCACUGCAGGCAUCAUCAGCAUCAUCAGGUCUACGAAACACUUCACCCACAUUACAAGGAAACGAAUUCGCUACGAUAGCGACACAACUGGGCCCACAUGGCAAGGUCGGGUACAUGCACAGUGUGAACCUGUCUGACGGGAAACACAGCCCAUGGUCAUGGAAACGUCGUACACCCACACAGCGUUACAUUCACACAGUUGAAAUUGGAACGCCGAAGCGAAAAGAGGAGCGUCCUGACAAUGAGGUAUCGAUUGUGCUUGUGCAUGGUUAUGGUGCGGGAAGUGCGUUCUUUUUUCGGAAUCUAGGCGCCCUUGCCAAGAUACCCAACACACGUUUGUAUGCACUCGACUGGCUUGGCAUGGGUCGGUCGUCUCGCCCAUCGUACUCGUUAGGAGGCAAGCCACGCUCUAUGGAACGUGUGGAAGCCAGUGAGUCAUUUUUCCUCGAUGCCCUGGAGGAGUGGCGUACGAAGAUGCACAUCGACAGGAUGGUACUUGUUGGGCACAGCUUGGGAGGAUACUUGUCAACCGCGUACGCGCUGCGGUUUCCUGAGCGAGUGUCGAAACUAAUUCUCGUUUCUCCCGUUGGCUUUCAUGAGGGUUCCCUACAGGACAUGAUGAAACACAAUCCUGACAAACGAGCACCUCGGUUCGGACCACGCACGAUCCAGUUCAUGAGCUGGCUUUGGGACAAAAAUGUGAGCCCCUUUAGUAUCUUGCGCUUCUCUACUGUGCUUGGUCCAUUGCUGAUGGGUGGCUACACGCGAAGACGGUUUGGAUCCCUCGCACAAGAUGAGCUCCAGAGUUUGCAUGCCUAUUGCCACGGCAUUUUCACCGAUCACUCAAGCAGCGAGCACUGCCUUGCCGAUAUCCUAGCGCCAGGUGCCUUUGCUCGACGGCCUAUGGCGCAGCGCGUAGCGCCUCUCAAGAUACCCAUCGUAUUUCUGUAUGGAGAUCAUGACUGGAUGGAUACAUGUGGUGCGUACCAAGCAAGAGAGGUCCUUCAUGAGGCUGGCAACAAUGACGUACGCAUUCACACGGUGAAGAAUGCUGGACAUCACCUGUACCUAGACAAUCCGUCUGAAUUUAACGAGCUCUUAGAGCAAGGGCCAUGGUAG